AUGGAGAGUGCAGCUGCAGAUUCCUUGCUCCAGGCUACAGCGGACAACAUCUGUCAUUGCUCCAGAGACACCCAGCUGCAUUCGCUCCAUGCAAGAGAGCAGCUACAGAGCAGCCCUGCUUUGUGGAGGCCCUGGAUACUCACAGCAAGAGCUGAUGAAAUGACAGGGAAUCAAAGAACGUCAGAACAGGAUGGUCAACUACGAAAUUUUAGACCAAAAGGAGCCCUGGGUUUUCAACAUCCAGUGAGACUUUAUUUGCCCAGGUCCAAAUCCUCAGAGUUUCUUAGCAACAUUGGAGAGAAGGUUCUGGCUAGUUUUCCAGUGCAGGCUACAAUUCACUUCUACAAUGACACCAUCGACUCCGAGGAGGAUGAAGAGGAGAACAGUUCAGCCGAAUAA